AUGUCCGGCACAAUCAAGCAGGCGGCCGAAGCAGCGCGAUCUAGAGGAAACGAGAUGAUGGGGACGGCCAAGAACGUUAAGAACGACGGCGCCGCCGUCGCCAACAACUUUCUGCACACACCCUUCAUGCGAACCGCUUUACCCUUCAUCAAUGGCGGCAUCAGCGGCAUGGUGGCCACGACAGUGAUCCAACCCGUCGACAUGAUCAAGGUGCGCAUCCAACUAGCCGGUGAGGGCAGCGCAGCUGGGCCCAAGCCGACGCCACUCUCCGUAACCCGCGAGAUCCUCGCCAGUGGCAAGGCCCUCGACCUCUACACCGGCCUCUCCGCGGGUCUCCUACGCCAGGCGGUUUACACCACCGCCCGCCUUGGUUUUUUCGACACCUUCAUGGGACGCCUCAGCGCGCGCGCCAAAUCCAACGGAGCCAGCGUUGGCUUCAAGGAGCGCGCAACAGCUGGUCUGUCGGCGGGUGGGCUUGCGGCCAUGAUCGGCAACCCGGCGGACCUAGCGCUGAUCCGCAUGCAGAGCGACGGGCUCAAGCCAGUAGCUGAACGCAAGAAUUACAAGUCCGUCGUGGAUGCGUUGACGUCGAUCGCACGAGCCGAGGGCGUGGGUGCGUUGUGGGCGGGCGCCGCGCCGACGGUGGUGCGCGCAAUGGCGUUGAACUUUGGCCAGCUCGCUUUCUUCAGUGAGGCCAAGGCACAGUUGAAGGAGCGCACCAACCUGACGUCCAACGGUGUCACACUGAGCGCCAGCGCCGUGGCAGGUUUCUUUGCCAGCUUCUUCUCGCUGCCGUUCGACUUUGUCAAGACACGGUUGCAGAAGCAGAGUCGCGGGCCUGAUGGCAAGUUGCCGUACACCGGUAUGGCGGAUUGCUUUGCCAAGGUGGCCAAGCAAGAGGGUGUCCUCAGGUUCUAUCGCGGGUUUGGGACGUAUUAUGUGCGCAUUGCGCCGCAUGCGAUGGUGACGUUGAUCGUGGCCGACUACCUCGGGUUCAUUACUCGAUAA